UAAAAAAAGCUAAACUCCAAGGACCACCAGAUAAAUUCAAUACAUAUGUGACCUUGAAGGUUCAAAAUGUGAAGAGCACGACAGUAGCUGUGCGAGGUGACCAGCCCUGCUGGGAACAGGACUUUAUGUUUGAGAUCAGUCGGCUGGACCUGGGCCUAAUUGUUGAAGUAUGGAACAAAGGACUGAUCUGGGACACCCUGGUUGGGACCGUGUGGAUUGCUCUGAAGGCCAUUCACCAAUCUGAUGAGGAAGGUCCUGGGGAGUGGUCUACGCUGGAGGCAGAAGUUGUAAUGAAACAUGAUGAAAUCUGUGGAACCAAAAACCCGACCCCUCAUAAAAUUUUACUGGACACAAGAUUCGAAUUACCUUUUGAUAUCCCUGAAGAAGAGGCCAGAUACUGGACAAGAAAAUUAGAACAAAUAAAUUCACCAGGAAAUGAUGAGUAUUCCUUUCAGGAGGAAGUCCAGAAGAAACCGUUGCCCAGUGCUGCCUCCCAGUGUUGCAACUGGAGUUAUUUCGGAUGGGGAGAGCAGCUGACUUUUGAAGAUGCUGACAGUGCUGUGGAUGACCGAGACAGUGACUAUCGCAGUGAGACCAGUAACAGCCUCCCUCCUCCCUACCACACCACCGCGCAGCCCAACGCCUCGGUGCACCAGUUCACUGUGCCAUCUCGCCUGCAGCAGCAAGGGGUCUCGAGGGAAUCCUGUGCUGACUCCCUGAGAAAUUAUGAUCUGGAUUAUCGAGAGCAUGUGGCCAUCAGUCCUGCUGGCAGUAGUAGAUAUGGCUCCUCUUGUAAUGUCAGCCAGGGAAGCUCUCACCUGAGUGAGCUGGACCAUUCUCAUGAAAGUGCCCAUGGCUCUGAGCAAGAAGAUGAUCACCAGGAAAGACAGUCAAAUCAUUCCUACCAUAGUUCGGCCAGCUACCAGAAGGAUGGUCAGGGGCUCAGGGAGCAAGAGGAGCCUCAUGGCAAAGGAGAGGAGGAAAAGGUCUGUGAGGCAGAGGAGAAACAUGCAGACCAUUCUGCAGCUAAAUUACCUCUGGAAGUUGAGAAGCCCAAGGAUACCGGUGCAAGAGCUCAAGUGAGCUACAAUGGUGACAUCGAGCCACCACCAUUUCCUCCAGCAAGAGCCCAUUGGAUUAGAGCCAUUAACAAAGUUCGUCUGCAGCUUCAGGAGGGUCAAGAUGAGGCUGAUCCAUCAAAACCACCCUGGCUCAAAGGAGGGCCUGCAGGUGGUCUCUAUGGCAUUGAUAGCAUGCCUGAUUUACGCAAAAAAAAGCCAAUUCCACUUGUCAGUGAUCUGGCCAUGUCACUGGUUCAGUCCCGGAAAGCCGGAAUUACCUCAGCAAUGGCCACUAGAACAUCUCUCAAAGAUGAAGAGCUGAAAUCUCACGUCUACAAGAAGACCUUGCAAGCCUUAAUUUACCCCAUCUCCUGUACAACCCCUCACAACUUCGAGGUGUGGACAGCCACAACCCCUACCUACUGCUAUGAAUGUGAGGGGCUGCUGUGGGGAAUUGCGCGGCAGGGGAUGCGCUGCGGUGAAUGUGGAGUCAAGUGCCAUGAGAAGUGCCAAGACUUGCUCAAUGCAGACUGCUUGCAGAGAGCAGCAGAGAAGAGCUCAAAGCACGGAGCUGAAGACCGAACCCAGAAUUUCAUCAUGGCCAUGAAAGACCGCAUGAAAAUCCGGGAGCGGAACAAGCCAGAGAUCUUUGACCUCAUCAGAGAUGUGUUCUGUGAGAGCAAAAUGACACAUGCUCAGCAGAUGAAGACGGUGAAGCAGAGCGUGCUUGAUGGCACCUCAAAAUGGUCAGCAAAGAUCACCAUCACGGUGGUGUGUGCUCAGGGUCUGCAGGCCAAAGACAAGACUGGGUCCAGCGAUCCAUACGUAACCGUUCAAGUGGGUAAAACAAAGAAGAGGACAAAAACGAUUUUUGGGAAUCUGAACCCUGUUUGGGAAGAGAAGUUUUACUUUGAGUGCCAUAACUCUUCUGACCGGAUCAAGGUGCGCGUGUGGGAUGAAGACGAUGACAUCAAGUCUCGCGUCAAGCAGAGACUGAAGCGCGAGUCGGAUGAUUUCCUGGGGCAGACAAUCAUUGAAGUCCGUACUCUGAGUGGAGAAAUGGACGUGUGGUACAACCUUGAGAAGAGAACAGACAAGUCUGCAGUGUCUGGGGCUAUUCGCCUGCAAAUCAGCGUGGAGAUCAAAGGCGAGGAGAAGGUGGCUCCAUAUCAUGUUCAGUACACUUGCCUUCACGAGAACCUCUUUCACCAUCUCACAGAUGUGCAAGGGAAUGGGGUGGUGAAGAUCCCUGAUGCCAAAGGAGAUGAUGCCUGGAAGGUGUAUUUUGAUGAGACAGCCCAAGAAAUCGUGGAUGAAUUUGCAAUGCGUUACGGCAUUGAGUCAAUAUAUCAGGCCAUGACGCAUUUUGCAUGUCUCUCCUCUAAAUACAUGUGCCCAGGCGUGCCAGCUGUGAUGAGCACCUUACUUGCCAAUAUCAAUGCUUAUUAUGCACACACCACUGCCUCCACAAAUGUGUCUGCUUCGGACCGCUUUGCAGCCUCCAAUUUUGGGAAAGAACGAUUUGUGAAGCUUCUGGACCAACUUCAUAAUUCACUUCGGAUUGAUCUCUCAAUGUACAGGAACAACUUCCCAGCCAGCAGCCGUGAACGGCUGCAGGACCUGAAGUCUACGGUGGAUUUGCUGACUAGCAUCACUUUUUUCAGGAUGAAGGUCCAAGAGCUGCAGAGCCCACCCCGAGCCAGCCAGGUAGUGAAGGACUGUGUGAAAGCUUGCCUCAACUCCACCUAUGAGUACAUUUUCAACAACUGUCACGAGCUGUAUAGUCGCGAGUACCAGACAGAUCCUAACAAAAGUCAGGACCUGCCUCCUGAGGAGCAGGGCCCGAGCAUCAGGAACCUGGAUUUCUGGCCCAAACUCAUAACUUUGAUAGUUUCCAUCAUAGAAGAGGACAAGAAUUCCUAUACCCCAGUCCUGAAUCAGUUUCCUCAGGAGCUUGCUGUUGGGAAGAUCAGCGCAGAGGUGAUGUGGAGUCUGUUUGCCCAGGAUAUGAAAUACGCCAUGGAAGAGCAUGAGAAACACAGACUAUGUAAAAGUGCAGACUAUAUGAACUUACACUUCAAAGUGAAGUGGCUGUACAAUGAGUAUGUUCGUGAUCUACCUGCCUUCAAGGGAAGAGUGCCUGAAUAUCCAGCGUGGUUUGAGCAGUUUGUGAUGCAGUGGCUGGAUGAAAAUGAAGAUGUUUCCUUAGACUUCCUGCAUGGUGCUCUGGAGAGAGAUAAAAAAGAUGGGUUCCAGCAAACAUCCGAGCAUGCUCUGUUCUCUUGCUCAGUGGUGGAUGUUUUCACCCAGCUCAAUCAGAGCUUUGAGAUCAUCAAGAAGCUGGAGUGCCCAGACCCUGUCAUUGUUGCUCAUUAUAAUAGGAGGUUUGCUAAGACUAUUGGGAAAGUGCUGAUGCAGUAUGCUGACAUCCUCUCCAAGAGCUUUGAGUCCUACUGUUCCAAGGAGAAACUGCCCUGCAUCCUGAUGAAUAACAUUCAACAGCUGAGGGUGCAGCUAGAGAAGAUGUUCGAAGCCAUGGGUGGUAAAGAGUUGGAUGCAGAAGCAAGUGACCACCUCAAAGAGCUCCAGGUGAAGCUAAACAAUGUUUUGGAUGAGCUGAGCGCUGUGUUUGGCAACAGCUUUCAGACUCGUAUUGAUGAGUGUGUCAAGCAAAUGUCCGAUAUCCUCUAUCAAGUGAAAGGGACAGGAAAUGUCGCUGCUAAUGCCAGAAACACAGUUGCACAAGAUGCAGAUAAUGUCCUGAGGCCACUGAUGGAUUUCCUAGAUGGAAACCUGACACUGUUUGCGACUGUGUGUGAAAAGACAGUAUUGAAACGGGUGCUGAAAGAGCUCUGGAGGGUGGUAAUGAACACCAUGGAGAAGCUGAUUGUGCUGCCUCCUCUUACAGACCAUACGGGCGCACAGUUGAUUUUCAGUGCUGCAAAGGAACUGGGACACUUGUCAAAGUUGAAGGAUCAUAUGGUGAGAGAAGAAACUAGGAAUCUCACUCCAAAGCAGUGUGCUGUUUUGGAUCUGGCACUGGAUACUAUCAAACAAUAUUUCCAUGCUGGUGGGAAUGGUCUGAAGAAAACCUUCUUGGAGAAGAGUCCAGACCUGCAGUCACUUCGAUAUGCUCUCUCUCUGUACACUCAGACCACAGACACUCUUAUAAAAACCUUUGUCCAGACUCAGACAGCUCAGGUGCAUGAUGGGAAAGGUAUUAGGUUUACGGCUAAUGAGGAUGUUCUUCCUGAUAAGGGCUCUGGUGUGGAUGAUCCCGUGGGUGAAGUGUCCAUACAGAUCGACCUCUAUACCCACCCAGGGACUGGUGAGCACAAGGUCACAGUGAAAGUUGUGGCAGCCAAUGAUCUGAAGUGGCAAACAUCCGGCAUGUUCCGUCCCUUUGUGGAGAUCACCAUGAUUGGGCCCCAUCAGAGUGACAAGAAGAGGAAGUUCACAACCAAGUCAAAGAGCAACAACUGGGCUCCCAAAUACAAUGAAACCUUUCACUUCAUUCUGGGGAAUGAAGAUGGCCCUGAUGCCUACGAGCUUCAAGUCUGUGUGAAGGAUUACUGCUUUGCUCGGGAGGACCGGGUGCUGGGGAUAGCAGUAAUGCAGCUCAGAGACAUAGCAGACAAAGGCAGCUGUGCUUGCUGGUGCCCCCUGGGGCGCAGGAUUCACAUGGAUGAGACUGGACUUACAGUCCUGAGGAUUCUCUCUCAAAGAACCAAUGAUGAAGUUGCCAGAGAAUUUGUGAAACUGAAAUCGGAGUCCCGCUCCACAGAGGAGGGUACCUGAGCUAAGCUGAGCUGUGUAAUGUUUCCUUUUCUCUUCUGCCUUGUGCCAAUAUGUGCAAGUGUUCAACAAUUCUCUUUUAUUAAUUACAAAAGGUUUUUUUCAUGUUGUCUUUGUCAGCUCCGAUAGCGCACGCGUGCUGUACAGGAAACAAAUCCAUCAAUCUGAUGUGAAUUAUUUAUUUUUUAGUAGCUGGGUAAGACACUAUAGAGAAUGAGACAAUCUCUUCUUAUUUAAGAUGCAAAUUCUCCUUUGUGUGUAUAAAUAAUUUUAUAUUGGAGGCUGGGUAUGCUGGGUUUUGUUGAUAUGCAGCACUGUGAUCUUAUCCUCUGAAGUUGGCAGAUGUUGAAAAGGUUCUACAUAAUCACGCUACAAUACAAACACACAACUGUGUGGAAAUUGGGAGAAGAAUAAUGAUUUGGGGGUUUGGCAAAGCACAGUUAUCUCU